GGACAGCAGCGCCAAGGAUGCGGCGCGGAUUGGAGAAAAGUUUAGGAACGCCGCACUUAGCAGCGCAUCAUGCAUGGCGCGGAAAAAAAAAAAGAAAGAAAAAGAAAAACACAGCCGCAGCCGCAACAUCGGCUCCCUUCUGCGCCCUCUGAUGCGCCAGCCGCUUCCUCUUGGCCGCGAAUAUUAGCGCACACUGACCGGCCUAUGCGUCAACCGGUCCGCCUCCUGUGCCUCCGCCUCCUCCGUCGCUCCACCUGCAUGGUCGGCGAGCCAGGUGAAGGGUGAGUGUAAGCACGAGCAGUGGGUGUGGUGCCAUUUCCAGAGCAUGUAUGAGGGCCGCAUGUAUAUAUGCAUAUGAGAGAGAGAGAGAGAGAGGUGGACUGGUGAGACGGCUGGUUUACAGAAAGCAGCGGAGCAGCAGGGGGGACGCGGGCUGCAGCUGGUACUGUUGCAGAGGAGACAACCAGGGGGUUCCCACCGACUGAGCUGGCAGGAUGAACUUCAAAAACAUGCGGGAGUACCUGGCCUGGCUCUACUACCAGUACCUGCUCAUCACCGGCAUCUACGUCCUGGAACCGUGGGAGAAGUCCAUCUUUAACUCUGUCCUCUUCUCCGCCAUUGCCAUGGUGGUCUACACCUCGUACGUGUUUGUGCCCAUCCACGUGCGUCUGGCUCUGGAGUUUUUCUCUGAGAUCAUCGACGGCCAACCGGAGAGUGCCAUGGCGCUCAUGAACUGAAACGAAGGAGGAAAAGGGAGGGAAAAGACUCAUAAUAAAAAAAAAGAAGAAGGGGCGGCUUGUAAAGCCUCUCCUUUCUUCCCCGGAACCACAAAACGGACACUUCAUCGAUACUGAAAACAUGAAGAUCUUGCCGGAAUGAUCUGGAAGCCUUACUCACUUCUUUUUGGAUCCCACGCCCUCUGGCCUUACCCGAUGGUAUUACACAGCAGUGCUUUAAUUUCCUGCGCUAUUGAAAUGUUUGGUUUCCCUUUUCCUCGUCAUAUGUCCUGUUUGAGGGCAUCCCACCUCCGGGUUUUGCAUGACGGGGCCAUACGUGACAGGUGGAUUUGCAUGCUUGACAAACAACAAAGCACAACCCGUCUCUUUUUCUUCUGCAAACGUCAUGAAAGUAUCCCAGUAGCUCUGAUUUUUAACUUAAUAAGACCUGGACAAUAUGGAAGAAUUUUUUUUUUUUUUUCCAGAACUAAAGCAGUAAAGGUCAUGAAACUUUUUUUUGUUAACUUUUCUUUCGCUUUUUCUAAAUCUGGUUGUGUUUGAAAUGACAAAUGCAAUAUACUUAACAUCUAACGGCGCCCCACCUAAAGUCAUAUAAAAAGCCUCAGAAUAUUUAAAUCUUUUACUGGAGUAACAGUCUUUCACAAAACAUGGAGAAAUCAGAAUUUUAAUUUGAGAACAUUUAAGUGGAGGAAAAAAAAUCCAACAUAAAAAAGCGAUUUACUCAGUUUCAACGAUGUUUGCCUUCAUUUGAUUCCUAAAAAGUAAGUGUAUUUAAGCAGCUUUUUAAAUUUAUACUUAACUUUUUUAAGUUGAUCCGAGUGUCUAAUAAUUUUUUUGGUAAGACAAACGGGUCUGUUUCUUAUCCACUAUUCAAAAUGGGAAAGAUUAGAAAGCUGAUGCUAAAAAAAACCCCUCCAGGAAUCAAUUUCUUUCCCACUUUUGCUGCAUUUUCUCGCACCAAGGUAGCAUUUGGCUCUUCAUCAGAUGUAUAUGUUAAUAUGAGGUUACACAGAGCCUUUUUUUUUAACUUUUUAUCCAUCCCUCAGAGAAGAUGUCUUGCAAAACAAGUCAGGCAAACGUGUGUUGAGCUUCAUGUAUUGGCGAUAGUUAAACAGCUGCUUGCCUGUGCUUCCACAUGUCUUCAAACAGCUGGAACUGUGGUGAAUGAAGCCAUUUUGCUUUGAGAAGGGAGAUGAAAACAAAUGUAAAGUUCAAUUUUAAAGAUUAGCAUAAUUUUUUCUUUAAAAAAAGAGAGAGUGAUGAUAUCUCAAUGAAACAAAUUUACAUUAAAGGCCGGCCCGGUGCCAAUAGACACGGGCAGAACCCAUUUAAUCCAAAUUAGGCCCCACAAUUUCCAAAGCUGACAGCAGAGACUCGCAGCUUAUAAAUAUGUAAAUCUUUCUCCACCUCUAAUGGCGACAAACAGGUAACGAUGUAUACGUCUGCACGCGUCAGAGUAAACACCUGCAGGUCUGUUACGUGACGAGUCGAGGCCGUAGUGACACACAGCACUUGUUCUCACCUGUGUCGAGUGUGUGUGUGUGUGUGUGUGCGUGUGUGUGUGUGUGUGUGUUGACACGUUACACCUGAAGAUGCACUGCUUUCUGAUUAAAGUGGGAGAGUUUAUCACAGCUGUGUUGACAUGCACCAAAUACUAUGUUUUUAAUUAUGCUUGAGAAAAUAAAAAGGGAAAAACUUUUUUUUUUUUAGUUUCCUUGAUGCACUGAAAAGCAAACUGAAACCUCGCAGCGCAGAAGCGAUGAUAUUAGAAGAGAAAGCUUUAGCUAUGCAACAGAUGUGAACCUAUCAGUCACAUCUGGUCCUGACUGUUUAGGUAUGCGCCGAUCAAAAGGAGCAAUAAAAGAAUAACGAUGAUGAAAUGAGCCGAGCCCUCUCUUUAUCCCAGUUUAUUUUUUAAAUAUAUAUAUAUAUAUAACGGCAUGUCGGAAAGGUGUGCUGAGCACUGAACGGGGAACAAAUAUUGAUUUAACGCUCCUCUAUGUCCGGGCUUGGCUUUGACCGUGACAUAGUUGUGCUUUGCACGUAUUUGCUGUGUCAUGCAGCUGGAAAAUUAGUUGAAUGGAAAAAAAAAAAAAAAGUUUUCCUCGGCUGCAGCUGAUCUAUAGAGAUGCCGCCUUGAGUCGUUGUGAUUAGCAUUGUGCAUAUUUCUGAGUUGAAGAUCGGCUUUAAUUAUUUGUGCUGUGGAUCAAGGGCUCACUGAUGACAUGCUAAUUUUAUUUACGUGUGUAUUUAUGUUCAUUGGUAAAUGCUUGGCUGGUUACAAUGUCAGUUACCAAACGUUUUAUUGUUGAAUUAUUUUUGUCAAAGUUUCUUGUAGGCCAUGAUUACUGCAUUGUUUGUUCUUUUAUCUCUGCCUUAACGUGCUUUUUGUAUUAUUCCCAGUUUGUAUUAUGUUCCCUUGACUUUUGAUAAACACUUUCAUCAAUGUGAGACAUUGUCCAGCAAGAAUGAAGAGGCCUUUAAGAUACUUUUUUUCCCCCCCACAGUUUACCAAACUGGAUGUUGUAUUUCUACAUGAUAGCUACACGUCACUGUAGUAAUCUCAAAAAUAAAGGCAUCGGAUGACACUUA